AUAAAAGAUGUCCUCGUACUCGCCUACAUCAAAAACUUAUUGAUUAUCAAAGUUAUUCCUCUUAUCCUCCAUUUGCUGAUAAAAUGCAAUGGAUAUUAUUUCAAGUUGGCUUGUUUAGUGAUGAAAUUUUAAAAUAUGACAUAUCCACUGUUACAACCGCUUUUAACAGUCCAAAUCAAUUUAUUUUUAUUAAUGUCUCGGUCAAAAUUGAUUUCGCUCAAAUAAUUGCUGAAUCAAUUGUUACUCCAAAAGUAAAACCAAAUUGUAAUUAUGUAGUCGAAUUUGAAACGAACAUGCCGGCUGAAAUAACUGAAUUUGAAACUACAAAUCAAUUACGUAUAUCAGGAAUAAUAUCUGCCCGUCCUAUUCCAAAGAUUUUAUAUCCUGACU